GGCCGCGCGUGCGACCUACGCGGUUCCAGUUUAGACUAUUGUCCGAUGAGGGACGCGUAGCAUGUGAGCUGUCUUAGGCUUUGUAACGUGUCGACGAUCCGUCUACGUUUCUGUGAUGAACGGUGAUGUUUGGUAUUCUAAAAACUAUCGUUUAUUAGUGUGCUCGUGACAGUACGCGACUUGGGUGGUUAGUGAUCCCUAACUUAUCGUGACAUUUCCUUCCGUCCUUCCGUGAAUUUUCAGAAGUAUCACAUUUUCUAUUAGGGGCGUUUUAGGAACAGUGACUACAGGUGCAAUCUGAAUCGUUCGAGAUGACAAUUAGAAAGAUUUGCGGUAUCGGGGCCGGAUACGUGGGCGGUCCAACUUGCAGCAUUAUAGCCCUGAUGUGUCCCGAGAUUCAGGUGACCGUGGUCGACAAAAGUAAAGAGAGGAUUGCACAAUGGAAUUCGGAGAAGUUGCCGAUUUACGAGCCCGGUCUGGAUGACGUGGUUCGAAAGUGUCGUGGCCGAAAUUUAUACUUCUCCACUGAUAUCGAGACAGCGAUCCAGGAAGCGGACCUGAUAUUUAUCUCUGUGAACACGCCGACGAAAACGUUCGGUAACGGCAAAGGAAGAGCGGCAGAUUUGAAGUACGUCGAAAGCGCGGCUCGGAUGAUCGCGGAAAUUGCGACCGGGGACAAAAUCGUUGUGGAGAAGAGCACGGUGCCAGUAAGAGCGGCCGAGAGUAUUAUGAACAUUUUGCGUGCCAAUCAUAAACCGGGAGUAUCGUAUCAGAUCCUCUCUAAUCCAGAAUUCUUAGCUGAGGGUACAGCAAUCAAGGAUUUGGUGGGCGCGGAGCGCGUGUUAAUCGGUGGCGAGGACUCGCCUGAAGGACAUGCUGCUAUAGAAGAAUUAUGCAAAGUUUACGAGCAUUGGAUUCCGAGGAAAAAAAUUUUAACUACCAACACUUGGAGUUCAGAACUAUCGAAGCUGGCCGCCAAUGCCUUUCUGGCACAGCGUAUAUCGAGCAUAAAUUCUCUGUCAGCGGUGUGCGAAGCCACCGGUGCAGACGUGUCCGAGGUAGCUCGAGCAGUUGGCCUUGACUCACGAAUAGGAUCAAAGUUCCUUCACGCAUCCGUCGGGUUCGGCGGUUCUUGCUUUCAAAAGGACAUCCUUAAUUUAGUAUAUAUCUGCGAAUGCCUGAAUUUACCUGAAGUGGCCGCCUAUUGGCAACAGGUCAUAGACAUGAACGAAUACCAGAAAUCAAGGUUCUCCGCGAAAGUAAUAGAAUCAUUGUUCAAUACCGUUACGGACAAGAAGAUUUCUAUGCUGGGCUUCGCCUUCAAGAAAAAUACCGGCGACACGCGUGAGUCACCAGCCAUUCAUGUUGCUAAGACCUUGCUGGACGAGGGUGCCAUGCUUCACAUUUACGAUCCUAAGGUUGAAGAGAAUCAAAUUAUUGAGGACUUAACGGAUCCUAGUGUAACGAAUAAUCCUCAACACGUGAAAAAGAGGAUCAGUAUUUAUAAAGACGCUUACAGUGCCAUAAAAGGCACGCAUGCUAUUGUUGUAUGUACUGAAUGGGACGAGUUUAUUGAGUUGGAUUACGAAAAAAUUUAUCUCAGUAUGAUGAAACCAGCAUAUAUUUUCGAUGGACGAAAAAUUUUAGAUCAUGACAGGUUACAGAAAAUUGGUUUCAUUGUUCAAACUAUUGGUAAAAGAAUUACUAGGACCAUACUCUCGAGAGCAUGGGGAAGCCAAACGCAAAUAUAAAUAAGAUUGUACAGAAUACCGUCAUAAUUUUGAAUUAUUUAAACUGAUAAAUAUUUCUGAAUGCU